UGCCGUGAUUUAGCCUCAUUUGCUGGCUGCACUACCUUCCACACCCAGUUGCGCUCUGAAUGUGAAAAUUUGUGAGUAAACUAAGUUUAUGUCAGUGAACAGGUAAGACUGCUUGUUGAGAAACAAAAGGACCGUUCCCUGUAACCAACUUCCUUGCUUGCUCAGUCUUUGUGCGGCUUCCUUGUAUGCACUAGCGGUUUUUGUACUUAAAAGCUUUCUUUCCGAGGGUAUGUACACACCAAUGUUAGCGGAGAGGUGUGAGCUGCUGAGCAGGAACAUCUUGGACAGUAAUAUAGUCCACGGUUUCUUGUAUUACAGUAAUAACAACACCAGUAAAAUCAAUUUUUGAAGAAAUCUGAUGCCCUGGAGAGACGACAUGCUGGUUGAAUGGAAAACUCAGAAGUUAACUAUAUUGCGAUAUUCUUUCCAUACGCUGGUCUGGCAGGUUUCGCUACAUAUUUUCCGAUUUUUUUAUUUAUUUUCCCAGUCCGUGUUGGCGAAAUUGAGCACUCGGUUCGAUGAACCCUACAUGAGAAUUACAAAGGUCAUGAGAGUUUCAUUUAUCCGUGUUUGUGUGUGGCUGAUGUAAUGUUUUCAGUAGACGGAUGUCGCGCGCUGCAAGCAGCUUUGAACGAAGGUCAGCGGAAAGUGAUUCUUUGCUGUGUCGUGCUCGGAGGUGAAGGCGAAAGUUAAGCUAGCUCGGCUAAAAUCUCAAAACAGCUGGAUCAUGGAGGACGAAAAUGAAUGCACUGGUGAACACACGAAGAGAGGAAAAGGUGAAUCUUCGUUGCUGUGGUCUGAAAGCCAGGAUGUAGACAAAAUUGUGGUCAACGAUCAUUUGGAUUACAGUCCAUCGAGAAGGACUGAUGAUAGCAUGGAUAACGUCGAUGAAAGUGAAACCAGUGUCAGUCCAACUAUAGUUCUGGAAAAGGAUGACGAGGACCUGGAGAAAUCACUACAAGACAGCGGGUGGGCGUGGUUGGUGGCUCUCGGCUGCUUCUUGUCGCACGUCAUAACUGGCGGACUCGAGAGAACCGACGGGGUGUUCUUCAUCAAGCUGACGUCACACUUCCAGUCCAGCGCCAGGUCACGGCGUGGGCGGGUGCACUGACGGCCACCGUCAUGCUUUCCAUGGGACCCCUGGCUGGGGCAGUGUGCAGCCGCUUCAGUGCCCGGGCAUCGGUGAUGGUUGGUGCGGUCCUCUACACCGCCGGGCUCGUGUUCAGUGGCCUGGCCCCCAACAUGCCGACCCUGCUCUUCUUUUUCGGAGUAGUGCAAGGUUUGGGUCGUGGCCUUGCCUACGCCCCGGGUCUCAUUCUGGUCGGGAUGUACUUUAACCGUCUACGAGGCGUGGCCGUAGGACUCAGCACAGCGGGGGUGGGGGCCGGGACCUUUCUCCUCCCUCCCGUCGUGGAAAUGCUCUUUGAAACAUACGGGUUCUUCGGGGCCUUCUUUAUCCUCGGCGGAAUCGCCCUGCACUUUUUUGUCGUCGCCUUCCUUUAUCGCCCCCUGUUUCUGCACAGAAAGAUCGUUUUAACCGGAAGAAGAUGUCAGACUGAGGCUUUACUCGAAAAUGAGAAGCGGAGAGAUGUUGCUGAAUUACCGCAGACUGUCUAUGAUAAAAGCGAGCACAACACAGUGAACCCCUCCCUGUUAGAAAUGCAUCUCACACACCUCCCCCAGCAGGAGAGCUUCUUGGUAACCCCAGCCGCUUCAGUGCCAGGCGAAAGUAUGAUGGACGAUACUGUCUGUGUUUCUUCGGUCUCAAGUCAUAAAAGUCAUUUGCUGAAGAGCUUUCUUCGGACCUGCUUUCCUGUGGAGAAGCAGGCGACUGGCUCGAAACGGCGGAAGCUGAUGCACUGGUCAUUGCUGAAGCAGCCAGCGUUUGUUCUCUAUUGCCUAAGCAUGUGUCUCCUCACGGCUUCCAUGAAGUCUUCCAUCGUCUUCCUACCGCCCUUGGCCAAGUCUCGAGGAGUGUCGGAGACCAACGCUGCUUACCUGCUCUCCAUCUCAGGUGUGGCUGACACCGUGGGUCGAGUACUUACCGGUGUGGUUCUCGAGCUGAGCAUAGUACGACCUUACCGACCAAUGGCCUUCAGCUCCUUCCUCUUCGCCAUCGGGGCGCUGGCCUUCGCUUCACCUUUUUGUCUACCUUUCCACACUUCACCCUCGCUUUCGCCUUCUUCGGCUUUUUCACUGGCGCAUGCGCGGUUGAAGUCCGUCAUCCUUGUCGACCUGCUGGGACAGGAAACCCUGUCGUCCUCCUUCGGGAUCAUGAGCUUCUUUCAAGGCGUCGGCAACUUUGUGGGACCCCCUCUCUCAGGUGUUCUGAAGGAUGUGUUCGAUCAGUACGAUGAAGCUUUUUAUUUGGGCGGAGGAGCGAUGACUGUGGCGGGAAUCUUCAUGGUCAUCUCCAACGUCUACACAGUCUCCCACAGGCCAGGCAGAGAAUUGUUUGACAUCUGUCCGAACAAAUCGGACAGCUCCCUAAAGCAGGGGAAUCCGAAUAAAAAGUUAUCGACAGUACACUUGAUUAAAAAAAAAAAGAUGCCCACCUUAUUACAAAUGCCUGACGUGUUAAAGACAACAAUCAAAAUCCACAGCAUCGAAAAAAGCCCGCAAGUCCCAAAGUUAAGUUUGGAUAAAGCCCAGAUAGUCUCUUGCAAAUUCUUAUAAAUUUUAAUCUGAGCUGACCACUCUGUGGGGGAAUAUUAACCUGACCGAGUUUCUUGCCCCAAGCCUUAAAUCUGACUCUCGUCCUCGCAUAGUUGUGACAACCUGAACCAAAGGUCAGCCUCAUAAUGUCAGUUAACUAUAAUAUUUCCUUUUUUCCCACUAAUCCCCAUCAUGAACAAAACUGAGAGUCAAGACCAAAGGGAUUUGUUUGUUUGGUUGUUUUUCUGUGUGUGUGUGUGUGUAAAAUUGCGAACUGAAGUAACAACAACUUCACAUAGUCAUUUAUUGUUUCAAAUAUAUUUUAACACAGCAAUUUGGUUCUCAAACUUUAUUUUUCUUUUAAUGGAAUAUGAAGGUAAUAAACAAAAACUUCAAGUUAGAAUGUUUUUAAACACUUGUUUGAAAUUUUUUAAAUUGCAAUUAAUUUAAGAGAACCUAAUGUUCCUUGAAGUUAUCUCACAAGAAAUUAUACCAUCAUCAAGUGAAACGCCUCUUCUUCAAAAUUUCUUUCCAAAUCAUAAAAUGUUUAUUUUCUACGCUGCAUGAACAUCAGUAUCAACAAAUCAACAGACGAGACUUAUCUUAAAAACUUGUCAUUGUUAAAGACAGCUUUAUUUGUUUUCAGAAGGGUUCAUCCAUUUUUAAGGAAAGAAAACAGAGUUCAAUAAGCAGCUAUGUGGUGUUCAAUUUUUAUUGAUGGAAGGAUGAAAAUCUCGGAGUGUUUGCGACAUUAAUUAGUGUUUUUAAAUGUUAGGAACAGUUAGAUAAGUGUACUCAGCGCGUACACACCAUACUUUGAUCAAAGUUCUACCUGAAUUUAUCCUGAAAUGUCACUUGAUCCUUUUACACUUCAUUUAUCUUAUCUCUUUUUUUUUUCAUUCGCUUUUUAUGUAAUGAAGU